GUGGCUUCUUUAAUGCGGUAGUGCCAUUAACUGGCUGAAGAGUAAACAUGAGGGUAGCAGGUGCGGCAAAAUUGGUGGUAGCUGUAGCAAUAUUUUUGCUGACAUUUUAUGUUAUAACACAAGUAUUUGAAAUAAAAAUGGAUGCAAACUUAGGAAACCUGUUUGCCAGAUCAGCGCUGGAUAUGGCUGCACGUUCUACAAAACCUCCAAGAUAUAAAUGUGGGAUUUCAAAAGCUUGUCCUGAAAAGCACUUUGCCUUCAAAAUGGCAAGUGGAGCAGCCAAUGUAGUUGGGCCCAAAAUUUGUGUAGAAGAUAAUGUUUUAAUGAGCGGAGUUAAGAAUAAUGUUGGCAGAGGAAUAAAUGUAGCAUUAGUAAAUGGCAAAACAGGAGAAGCAUUGAACACCAAAUAUUUUGACAUGUGGGGAGGAGAUGUGGCACCAUUUAUUGAAUUCCUGAAGUCCAUUCAAGAUGGAACUAUAGUAUUAAUGGGAACCUAUGAUGAUGGUGCAACCAAACUUAAUGAAGAGGCACGGAAACUUAUUGCUGAAUUGGGAAGCACAUCCAUUAACAACCUUGGUUUUAGAGACAACUGGGUCUUUUGUGGUGGAAAAGGAAUUAAGACUAAAAGUCCAUUUGAACAGCAUAUAAAGAACAACAAGGACACAAACAAAUAUGAAGGCUGGCCAGAAGUUGUUGAGAUGGAAGGCUGCAUCCCUCAGAAGCAAGACUAAAACAAAAAGAUAUAAAAGAGACAAUGUGGAAGAAAAUGCACUUUCUGUUAUUCUUAGGGAGAGGGAUCUGAAGGAGAAUACUGUGUAAUGUAAAUAUUUUUAAAGCAUGCAUCCAUCUUAUGAGUGUGCGCAUGAGCAUUGACAUUUUGAAUAUCGGGAUUAUUUAUUGCUGACAGAGAGAAGUCUUUUUGUAAAUAAAUCCAGAUUAAAUAAAACUGAAUAGUUUCUAAACAGUUUUCCUAAGAGCACAGCGUUUGAUUUGCCGAUAGUAAAUAAUAACUUUUAGAUCUACUGGCUAAGCAGUUGAGUAUUCCCAGUAAUAAACAUAUUGGAAAGGAUGCUGUACUGUCCUCUAACAGUGUAAAUGUUACCUGUGAGUUGCAUAACCUUUGUGGAAAAUGUAGAUUUUAGUGUGAAAUUAAUAAAGAGCUUUAAUUUUUUAUCCUCUGCCUUUUUGAUGGCAGUAUCACUUUCUAUUAAAGAUAAAUUCGGUUACUCUAGUACUAUGUGCUCUAGAAUUUUGUUUUCCGACUUCCCACCCCAAAUCUAAUAAUCGGCAAAAGCAAAAUACUUGAUAUCAAAAUGUACAUCAGCUGUGAGAAGCACAAUUAAGUUCUUUUUAUUAUGAAAAAGCAAAAAUAAAUAUAUAAAUGCUUGUACAUGAUAUUUAAAAACUGCUUGGAAGGAUUUGUGUUUAACAAGGAAGUAGUGUUUACUGUGUAGAAGCUACUUGGCUUGAUAAUGUCUUGGCACUGUUAAGCCACUCAGUACUAGGACUAAAUUGUUCAGUUUUUAUUACGACUUUUUGUACCUGCUGCCUGACUAUCAAUUCUACCUAGAGCUACUUGGCAAUACUAAUUAGAAAAAUGAUAGAACUGCAUCAUGAAAUGCCUUCCUGUUUAAGUUCUAAUAGGGACUAAAUUUCCCAGUGCAUAAUGCAUGUUAGAUAGUAGGCUGACACCUGAUAAGAAUUAAGUGAACCUAUACAGUUUUGCAUAGCUUCACUACCUGUACUACUUUUAAUGUGAACUGAAAUGAUCACUGCUUAGAAUGGGAUGCUACAGAAUGCAUCACAUUUUAAGAUAUUCAUCUUAUGGUACUCAAUGUAGACUAAUAAUGCUUUCUUCAACCCCUUUAAAAAACUGGACCAAGUCAAAGUGGCCUUAUUCCCUAGCUCAUAGUAGAAUAAACAACAUCAAACCUUUUCAUAGAAAGUUAUGUUUUUUAAUUGCUUUUGGAUUUUAGUUUAGCAAGCUUUGAAUGUUUUCUGAAAAUGAAGUGAGCACAGGGAAACUGACAAUGCAGGUGAUCACUGUGUAGAGACUAACAAUUUUGUGUAAUCUCUUGGAAUCUGUUGCAAACAGAAUUCUGACAGAGCUGUUCAAUCCCUUUGAUACCAUGAGGGAGAGAUUUACAGGAACUGCAAGUGAAUCAAAACAAAUACUGCUCAAAUGCUAUAUAAUCAGCGACUUCUAAGACUAACCUAAAAUUAUUUGCACUAAAAAUUUACAGCAAUAUUGGGAAUGAGUACUUUGUUAUAUAGCUCAAAAUAAAUAUCCACCUCUCAUACAGAAAUGAGGACAACUGGAAUUUGAGUUGUUUUGUAUGCCUAAUUAGCCUAUUAUGCAUUUUUUCUCAUGUUCAAUGUAGAACAGCAAUAAAUGCACCUUAUACAGUUAAAUCAUUUAUUUGUAAAACAUCAUGCAGAUUUUUUGUUCUUAUUUAGGAGAAAUUGCAUCACAUGUCAAUAUCAUGUAUAUUUUUUUCAUCAAAUAAAGUGAAAAUCCCUUCUGUUCUAUAAACUGGAAGCUAACUUUUUAUUUAACAUUGUAAGGUUAUCUAAGGAAAGUAACUGUAUAGACAACAAAAUUUCCAGGAAAUAAGAUUUCUGUAUUGUCAGUAUUCCAUGAUUCAUUAUACUAAUCUUUAAGAUAAUGUUUGGAACAAUAUAGAAGAUAUAUGGUACUUGAGAUGGGAUAUAAAAAUAAUUCCUUAAGUCUUCAUUAUUAGUCUUCCUAGUCUGUUGUCUUAAAUAGCGUAUGUUUAGAUCUCUGAAUUUAUUAGGCCACUCACUAAAUAUGGCAGGCAUUUCAUUUUCACAAUUAUUCUAAAAUAUUAAAUACUUAGCAUUGCUAUCCCCUUGUUAAAUUAAUCAGUCUGAUCACAGUCAUUUUUUUGUGAAGACUGAGGCUAAGGAGGCAAUAGAAUACUUUAACCUUUUGUAUCAUCCAUUAUUUGCUUUCUGCCUCUGUUAAGUAAGUAAUGGUUGUAUACUUUGUUUUCCUUUUUCUUUUAACUUAUAGAGUCUUUACUUUUACAUCUCUUGGUAGUUGUACCUCAUUUUACAUUCUAGCCUUUCUGAUUUUAUCCCAACAUUCUUGUGCUGUUCCUUUAUAUUCAUCCUUGGUCAUAUUCUUAUUUAGACUUUUUAUAUGAAGCCUUUUUAAUUUUUUUUUUCCUUAAUGACCUAAUGCCUCAGCCAAAAUGGACUCUUGCUGUUGUUUCAUAUCUUCUCUACAUCAGAAUAACUUGUCAUUGUGCCUUUUUAAUACAUUUUCU